AUGAAUGAAAUGGCGUCCCCUGUGGUGAAAAGUGAAGAGAGUAUAAGAUGCAGACCACGGCUUCGGAAAUGGUGUCAGACCAGACGAUGCCAGCUGUGGAGACUGCUCCUCCUUCCAUUUAUACCGAUUCUGGCGCUGAUAGUCCAGACUACGUUGUCGUUGAAGAACAGCUUGACUAAUGGGUUGGAGGUAGCUGAUGUGGAAGAACAGGUGAGCAGAGCUACGGAACUGGGAAAAUUGGUGACGAGAUUGCAACAAGAAAGGUCUGAAGUAGCCUUCUUUAUCUUCACAAAUGGGAGUACGCUCAGGUCAAACCUCACUCAGCGUUUCGCAGCCACGGACAACGCUCUUCAAAACAUGGGUGACCUUCCACCGCUGGUCUUCAAGAAUAGGCCAAAGCCGAUAGAGAGAAAUGAUUUUUUGGACGAACUAUCCGAAUUGAGAGCAACCAUAAAUCCUGGGACCCCAAUGUCGGAAGUGGUUGAAUGGUAUACGAGUGCCAACGCUGCCCUUCUAACCCACCUGACCAAGGAAAUCAAAGAUACUGACAGCAGCACUAUAUGGAGGUACCUGGUGGGCUUCAAGAACCUCCUGCGAAGUAUCGAAUGCAAGGGCAUAGCGUCAGUCCUUGGCAUAAAUUACUUCGCACGAGGAUAUCUCCAAGGAAGGGCACACGAGAGGUACAUAGCUCAUAUGGUGUUGGGACGCGACCUCUUGGACAAUACCCUGAACUUGGUGCCAGCACUGAUUCCUUUGCACAAAGACAUAAAGGAGGAUAGCCCAGAAUACCAGGUUUUGGAGAAGAAAAACCAACAAAUUGUGGACAACAAACAACAGGCGGGCAGCGUGGCUGAUGCAAUUGAAUACUUUGAUCAGACUGCGACGCUUUUAGGAAAGCUUAGAGCAGUGCAGAAGCAACUAAGAGGUUACAUAAGAGAUGGAGUGAACGAGAACUUGCGAGAAGCGAGGCAGAGCGAAGCCGUGUGCGCCGCUAUACUUGUACUCGUUUGCGUUAUAUCACCGAUUAUUAUAGUACUCGUUAGGAACGCUGUAAAUACGAUACAGGUUUACGCGCGAAACUUAUCCGAGAAAGCAACUGAAUUGGAAUAUGAGAAGGAAUUGAGCGAUUCCCUCCUUUAUCAAAUGUUGCCAGCUAGUGUUGCUAAGCAACUGAAACAGACGCAACAGGUGCCAGCUGAAUUUUUCGCAUCAGUAACUGUGUAUUUCAGUGACAUCGUUGGCUUUACAGCGAUCGCUGCUGUCUCUACGCCCUAUCAGGUGAUUAGUUUUCUAAACUCAGUAUAUAAGCUCUUCGACGAGAGAAUAGAAUGCUACGACGUUUAUAAGAUAGAGACAAUUGGAGAUUCCUAUAUGGUUGCAUCUGGGUUGCCAGUCAGAAAUGGAAACAGACACGCGACAGAGAUAGCAAGUAUGGCGCUCGAAUUGCUAGAAGCGACAUCUAUGUGCCGACUGCCGCAUCGUCCCGAUCAGACUCUCUGCAUGAGAAGUGGUAUCCACACUGGUCCUUGCGUAGCAGGAAUUGUAGGUACGAAGAUGCCUCGAUAUUGCCUCUUCGGAGACACCAUCAACACGGCCAGCAGAAUGGAGAGUACUGGCGAACCAAUGAAGAUUCAGAUAUCGGAAGAUGUAAAACGCGCUCUUGACAGAAGUGGCCUCUUUAUCACCACUCCACGAGGAAUGAUCGAAGUUAAGGGCAAAGGAGAAAUGAUGACGCAUUGGCUAGAAGGUCGAACUGGUCCUUCACCUGUACGGCCCACUGCAUCGCUCGACUGCACGCCUAGCUUCUUAUCCCGGAUCCACUCGCAUGGCAGAGCCUCUCCAAUAUACCAACCUGCCGUACGACCUUCUUAA